AUGUCGAUCGCCUCACAGGUUGUGGGGUCUCUACUGGUGGCUGUUCUGAGCAUCCUCUUUUGGAGGAGGUAUCUGUCUCCCCUGCGAGAUACCCCUGGUCCCUUCGCCGCAUCCCUCACCCGUCUCUGGCACAUGAAGCGGAUCCUGAAAGGCGACCAGAACCUGGAACUGAUCCGCCUCCACGAGAAACAUGGCCACUUUGUCCGCAUUGCCCCGGACGAAGUUAGUGUUAGCCACCCGGAUGCGCUCAAGAAGAUCCUCCUCGCGCCGCUGCGCAAGGGCGACUGGUACAAGAUCGUGCACUUCCCCGACAGGCGCUUCAAGAACCCAAUGGGCGAGACGGACCCGGCGACCAAGAUUGAGCUGAGCAGGCACCUCGCCGCGGGCUACACCCUCACCAACCUUCUCCAGGCAGAGCCCGCCGUCGAUGACACAGUUGAGCUGCUCCUCGGCUGGCUGGACAGGCACGCCGACGAGCACAAGCCCAUCGACCUGGAGCGCUUCUUCACCUACACCACCUUCGACGUCGUCGGCGAGGUGAUCUUCUCCAAGUCCUUCGGCUUCCUGCGUGAGGGACGGGACAUCGGCGGGGCCAUCGCCAACUCCCUGGUCCAGAACAUCUACGUCGCCGUCGGCGGGUACAUGCAGUGGUUCCACCUGCUGCUGUCGAACCCGCUGGUAACAUGGCUUGACGUCCUUCCCUUUGGCCACAUUAUCGACACGGCGGUUGGCGCCAUUAAGGAAAGGGAGAAGAAUCCAGAUGCACGCUUUGACGCUGUGGCCCACUGGUUCCGGUACCUUGCACAGAAUCCGGCACGCAUGUCCGCAAGGGAAAUACAGUCUGCGGCGAGCAACGCCGUGGCCGCCGGCGCGGACACGGUCGCGUGCGGCCUGCAGGCGUUCGUCUACCACAUGAUCCGCCGCCCGGACCUAUGGGACCGAGUGAGGAGGGAAAUCGACGACGCGGGCUUGUCGGCGCCUGGGGUGCGGAAGAAGGUGGUGCUGUAUUCUGAGGCGCAGAGGCUGCCGCUCUUGCAGGCGUGCAUCAAAGAAGCGCUCCGAGUGUUCAGCCCGGCUCCAAUGGGACUCCCGCGGGUGGCCGGUGAGGAGGGCGUCACGAUUGGUGAUCGCACAUUCCCAAAGGGAACGAUUUUGUCGGUCAACGCGUGGGUGAUACACCAUUCAAAGGAGAUCUGGGGCGCGGACGCAAGCGAGUUCCGUCCGGAAAGGUGGCUGGCUGGUGACAAGUCGGCAGCUCUCGACAAGUACUACAUGCCUUUUGGGCUCGGUUACAUGUCCUGUCCCGGUCAGAACAUCGCAAAGAUCGAGCUAUCCAAAAUUUCUGCAACCAUAGUUCGUGACUAUGAUAUUCGCCAGGUCGACCCCGGACAGGCAUGGCAAUGGAAGGCAUACUUUACUGUCGCUCCACACUCAUGGCCGUGUUAUGUCGAGAAACGGGAGUAA